CAACAGACUGGCGACGGUUCUCUGCAUUAUAACCUGAAGAGACUUUACUGCUUAGUUACAAAGAUGACUUUCGAAGUAGAGACUUGUAGACAGACGUGGCCAGAGCCAGAUUUAGACUUGAUAAGAUAUGGGGCCCUUUAUAAGUCCACCAGAUCCAGUUCGAAGUUGUGUGGUAGCUAAUCGAUCAGAAAUAUGGCUUCUGGUUGAAUGUGAGGCAGGCUAUAAUGGAGGCUUGCCUCAGAAAUUUCAUUUAGAAAUAUACAAUUCAGCUGUGGAUCACCUGCAAGCGAACAUAACCAAUAUCGAUGCACCUGUGUUUUCUGUUUCUAAAUUACCCCCAGGCACGCAAUUUGUAUUGGUGAUCUAUGCAUCCAAUGAAAAAGGAAUAAGUAACUCUUUAGCUCUAGUUGGAAAUACAUUAUCUAUUCGGAGCCCCGAAGAAGAAGCAGCUCUCAUGGGUGCUUUGAGCCCCUUAGUCGCUGUACUGCUAGCUGUACUGGGCACUCUCCUGAUGAUAGGCGUAGUCGCAUUGGCAUUGGUUCAAGUUCGGAAAAGGCGGCCCCGAAAAGCGCUAUCUCCAAUAGAAGAGGAUAAAAUAAAGAUGAAUAAAAAUGUGAAGAAGACAUUUGAAGAUUUAGUUGAAAUACGAUAGCUUGUCCUGAUGUAGUUCCUCCUAAUAAUAUGUGCGACAGUGAGAGUCUGGAUAGUGCUAUGAUUAAAGACGGGCAAUCUCCUGACAGUGCGAAGUGCAGCAAGAACUAUCGUAACUGUGUUGUUGCUCUUAAAAGAUCUUGGAGUUUAAAGAAGAGAUGUCAGGAAAAGUCGGAAAUAGAAGUGUCUUUAGCUGACCUCAACUAUCAAGAUGAAUUGACAAGGAUACCCCUGUCACCAACAACUAUAGUUCACAAAGCACCGUGGUAUGAAGAAUCAAACAAAUCUUCCAGUAAAAAUGUUGUCUUAAUCGCCGAAGCUCACACAGAAGGUGGGGCAACACAUAAGACUUUAGCUAUUUUACUGUUUGAAGAUCUUCGGAAAUUUCCACAAACAUGUAUUUUGAAACCUUUUCUAAAGGCAAAGGAAUCUAAGCGUUCGGAGUGUAAGACAAAUCCUGAGGUUCAGUCUUUUGGAAAGAUAAGGAUGUUUUUAUUUCACCUGAGGUUCCUACGCAAAGUACGACACCUUUUUGACAAGUUUCUAUUGUAAUAAAGACAAACGAGGAAAGUUUGAUGUCUUGCUGACGGUGUCGGGUUAUAGGCGGCGGAGUAGUGGAGAUUUCAUGGCAGCUUUUAUGAGGUAAUA